UUUUUUGAACAAACGUCGUUCAUUGUUGAUAUUACUUUUCCUCUAUAACAGGUCCACUGUAAAGUCACAAUGUCCAGCAAUCACACACGUGAUCUAACCGCAAUCAAGGUAGGGAACUCAGCGCGAACUUUUACGAGAUAUUCCGAGGAAUCGGUGACAAGGAGGAGAACUGAGAGCAGCGGGAGAAGUCUGACCGAUCCAGGAAAACCAGAGGAAAUCAGAAGUGUGCUACCUCUUGAGGGCAAUGUGGGACAACACCCAAGGAUGGAAACGCAAAAUAAACGCAUCCAAACUAAACGCUUCAAAAGAAAGAGUGAAUCGGAAACGUCACACAACCCCGAACACCGAGCGCCACAAGCUGAUCAUACUGUGAUAAGGAACGGUAAGAUGUUAUCAAAUAAUAAGGAAGAAGCAUCGAAAAGGGUGAAAGAGUACGUGGUGUGCAAAUCAACAAUUGAUGGAAAUCAUUUCAACGAGGAAGGAAAAACGGUUGGUAAGAAGAAUACACAAGAACCAAGUUCACAAAAGACUGUUAGUGGUGCUAAACAUGAAACUAUAUUGAAAGAUGGAGGGUGGGGCACAGAAGUCAAAACAAUGAAAAUUAAAACCUUUUCACGGACAGCGAGUGUCGACAAUCGGAAAGACCAAAGAACGAAAAUUCCAGUCUCUCAAAACUCGAAACCUUUUACCAGUAAUGAAGAAAAUGAGUCUUUUAAUGCUAAAAGGACAUCUUCUCCACGUUCAAGUGAGACCGGAAAUUUGAAUACCUCUGUAAAGACUUUAGAAAAAACGGAAACUAGAUUGUCUGACGAAUAUACAUCUUGUAAAUUAACUUCGUCGCAUAUUUUACAAAAGAAAUCUUCAUCCAAUAAGUCAGUCACGAGACAUAGGUCUGAAACAGGGGGUCCCACUGCAGGGUCAAGCCAGGUAUUAGCCGCGUCAGCGGCCAGGAAGCUACGACAGAGGAAGGGGUCACAGAUAGAGGGUGAUACUGAAACCCGUGCGGUGCGAGAAAAUAAUCCUAAUGUAUCGGCUGGUCAUAAAAAUGGUGUAUUAGUAAACGAAAACCACGUAUCUGAAAGCAGACAAACGUCAUCAGAGAGCAAGACAGGCCGCCACUCCAAAGAAGAUUCGCAAGAGAGACCAAGAUCUAACAUCAUAAACACGAGAAAACUCUCACAGUUAAGAAAACCCAGGAAAACCAUAGUGACUAAUGUGAAUAGGAGAUCGAGCGGGAGCAGUACAGGGUCCUCUGACGAACAAAAGAGCUUGCAGCUGUCUAUAUGUGAAGAACACGACGUUUUACCGUGGUAUCCGGAACCAACACCAUGUAACAAAUCGAUAGCAUUGGAUGCUGAAGAUUUCACAACACUGGGACACCGUGUUCUUCAGGCAUCUUCUGAAGCGGAGUGCUUUGAGUCUCUACUGGAAUUCCUCUGUGGAAAUCUGGAAUCGGACGUUGCACGUGUUCGUGCCAUUUACUGUUGGAUAGUCAACCAACGUCUUCCAAUUAUUGAUGACGUCAACGACAUUGCCGCGCCGGAAACCCCGUUUGGAUACCUGUAUCUCAUAAUGCACAGAAAGAGAUCAUAUGCUGAACUGUUCUGCAAAAUGUGCAGGUACACAAACAUUCCAUGCGUAGUGAUACGUGGCAUUACUAAGGGCGUCAUGUACGAUGUUGGUGACGUCUUAGACAAUGAAAAACACGGGAAUUCCUGGAACGCCGUGUAUGUGGAAGAAAACUGGCGGUUUAUACAUUGUCACUGGGCAUCGAGAGCAGCCCGAGGAUACUGCUCUGGACAAUGGACCACAGUAGACUGUCCGGAAUUUCACAUGGACAAUACAGAAGGAGAAAGUCGAUCGUACAUCGUCAGUACACUUAUAAACGACGUGUACUUCUUCACUGAACCUUCAGUAUUCAUCAACAAGUGCUUUCCCUUCGACAGUAGAUGGCAACUAUUACCAAAGAUAAUCACUAAGGUGGAAUUCGAAUCGCGUCCAUUUCUGCAACCCGCGUUUUAUUCUAUGAAGCUAAAGUUAGUGGAUGAAAGCUUACCGUGUGUUCUGAACAUUCAUGGAAAGUUUGUCUUGCAAAUCAAAAUGCCAUGGGAAGGAGAAUCUAGUUUGCGCUUUUCUUAUAAUCUUUUUCGUCUGCGGAAUGCAGCAGAUGAGGGUGAAUACGAUUAUCCAACUUUAGAAAGAUACACUGUACAUUACUGUUUAAAUGGCAUUGCUUUCUUUGAGAUUCGCUUUCCCCCAACAUCUGUUGGUGAAUACAAACUUCAGAUUUAUUGUACCGACCAACAAAUGCGGCUCCCUUCAGAAUGGGUUUGUGAUUUUAAGAUUAUAUGUGAGAGGGGGAUGGACCAUAGCGUGCCAUUACCGGUGGUUCCUAGGAUUGGCUGGGGCAUGAACCCAGAGCUAGCAAAACACUGUAUCACCGCCGUUUCGCACAGAGGAGGCUUCUACUCAUUGGACGAUGGUCACAUGACAUUUGUUUUCUUAUUCCCUGAAGACAGCUAUGCUCGUGCCGAACUAGUCAAAAACGGAAGUUCUAAAACAGAUUUUGUGAAUAACGUCAAAGUUAAAAAGCAGGGUGUGGAUGUUCAAAUAUUUGUUGAACCCCCAUGUCAAGGUGAAUUCGCUUUGCAAAUAUUCUCUCAGAUGCAGGGAGCUCAAAACUACGUGAAUGUGUGUAACUAUAUCCUGGAAAGGACCUUCUUUGCUGAGACAAGAUUACAAAACGAGUUCAGAAAAAAUAUCUCAUCUGCGAUUUCGAGGAGAGAUGUGACAGUACAGGAACUGUCUGAAGCCAUGGAAAACUAUGUGAGAAGUGGAGCCAGGGAUAGUGGAGAAUUGGAGGCUGCGAAAAACAAACUAAAUCGACUAAAGCUGAGGGAAGAGCUCCUGGGAGCGAUAGCAUGCAGAAGUAUAGACAGACUUGAAAAAGCUCUGAAGGGUGUAAGCGAUGCCAAGAUGGAUAAAGACGUGAGUGGUAAUGUAGUAAAAGGAGAGAAAUUGCUGUCUCAUCUGAGAAAACUGAAGCGGUUUCGAUCUGCUGUUCUGGAGAUGGAUUCUAAAACAAUCUCUGAGCUUCGCAGUUACCUUAAACCACCAAUCCCAGUACACGGGGUCAUGAUGGCCACCUAUGUUCUUCUUGGUGUCGACGAAAAAGAAAUCAAAAAUUGGUUCGGUGUCCAGAAUCUAAUAGGGAAGACAGGACGAGAAGCUCUGAAAAAACGGGUGGAAAAUUUUGAUGUGAAAACUGUGAGUUUGGAGUCUCUGCACAGGACCAAGGAAAUACUAAGAAAUUAUGACUUAUCCAUUGUGCAGGAUGCAAGCGCCGGGGCCGCCACUUUUUAUCAGUGGACAAUCAAUAUGAUUAAGGAUAUUGAGGAGCAGCAUUGAACCAGCAUUAAUAGUAAAACAUCAAGCAUCUUCCGGAAUGAUUGGACAGUGGUUUUGUAUUAACGGUUGAACUGACUAGCAAACUGUGUAAACAAUGUUUUAUUAAAUUACAUGAAGAA